GUUCAAACGACCUUGAACAGUUUUGCCGGUAUCAGGAUACAGGAUAUCGAAACAGAAUGUCUAUAUUAUGAUAACGGAAAGCCACAUUGAUAUAAAGGGCAACAUUGCCCAGCAAGGGGCUACCCAAGUCAAUAAUAUUAAUUUUACCCCAGCAUACACUACUGAAGAUAUCAAUCGCCUCUGCCUCCGCACUCUGCAAUGCCCCGACUCCCUAGUUAUUAAACAUCGGCUAAAAAAGAAUAAGGACAAGUUACUUCCCCAAUUAAUUAAAUAGAUCCUUUAACAUCUGAAAUAUAAGAGUUGGCAAGAUGGUGAUAAACUUUGUCUCCUUUGGAUCAAGGGUGGCACUAGCAAAGGAAAGACUAUGAUAUCUAUCGGUAUUAUUGAGAGGCUUUUACUUGCCCAAG